UCCAUCUCACGUAGGAAGCAGCACCUCCUCACGUUUCUCCCUUCUUCCACCACGACGCAUAACGGGUCCGCAUCAACAGGCAGAAUAAGGGAGAGCUUUAUUCCUCUUCGGUUGGAUUAUAACGGUAUUGACACAUGCUACGGUAAUCCACUUUUAUAAUAAUAGCGCGUUUUCUAGCGUUUUAUCGUUUUGAACGAGUUGGUUCCCAUUUUAUCUGAAAUGAACCUUCUUUCUAUGGUUGUCAAAGUUUAUCUUGAUGCAACAUAGUGAAUUGACGCCCAAGAGGAAUCAAGUUAUUUAACGAUUUUCGACACAAAGCAGAAUAUUUGAUUACGGACAUGUAAGCAUUUCACGGUAAGGUCUACCUACACCUGUUAUAUUCGGCGCAUGUGACAAAUACAAAUGGAUUUGAUUUGAUAUGAGGAACAAGCGGAGAGAGGGAGAAUCGAACAGCCUGCUACUUUCCCCAGCGGAAAUGAGCUCAGUCGGGGGGUUUUCCAUCUUUUAGAACAUGACGGGUUUCAGCCACUACUUGCUGCCGGUGGAACCCUGAAGGUUCUCAUUCCACAACCAAAAUCUUUUGAUUCGGAUGGAAUGUCAAAGUAACUCAAAUGGACUACAACUACACGGACCGCAGCGACGCGCAACAUAAUCAUCAUCAUCACCACUGCGAAGGAGGCAUGGAAGGUGGCUUGGGCACACCCACGUCAUCAGCUGGCAGCUCCACCUGCAAGAGGCUCCAGCAGCACCGGCGCCCAGAGUACCUGAGGACAGAGUUACACAGGCUACAGAGCACCCUGGCUAGGGAGGAGGGGAGGACAGCCUGCCUGACCAACGGAGCAUCUGGAUGUCAUGGGAUGAACAGGCAGAACGGUCACAGUGAUGUCAUAAAGACGAGCAACACCCUGAGACUACAUGUACCACCAGCUGGCUCAUGUGUCUCAGUCAGCCAGCAGCUCUCUCCUCUGGAGACAUCCAGCUCAGAAGCAUACAAACCAUCCCUAAGUUACCAAACAAACCAUUUAAUUUCCUCCUCUCCCACUCCCCCUCCAAGUGACUUCAGGUUGACCCCAGGGUCAAUCCCCCUACAGCCCUGCCUCUUGAGCCCUAACCCCAGGAGUAGUUCUGCUGCCUCUGCAACUCAGUUCUGCCCUCCUAACUCCAGGACCUGUCCCUCUGGUUCCACUGGCUCCAGGUCACCCCAGUCCCCCCGGCCAACCUGCCACUCCAGGCCACCUCCUUCAGGGGAAACUCCCUUCAGCUCUUCUUUCAGCUUCAUCCAACAGUCACUGAGCUCCAAUCACAGGACAGAAACAGACACCACAGCUGGUGAGAGGCCCCCUGGCCUAAACCCAGACCCACAACCACUGAACAGGCCCCCUGGCCUAAACCCAGACCCACAACCACUGAACAGGCCCCCUGGCCUAAACCCAGACCCACAACCACUGAACAGCUCCACUAGUCUAGAACCAGACCUGCUGGAUCAGUCCUCAGCUAGGUCAUUAAGAACUGGAUCAGUCCCAUCCCACUCAGAACCACUGGAGUGGUCUGUCCCACUCUGCCAACCUGUAUCAGCCCCCCUUGACCAAUUACCAUCCAGGACAUCUGACUCCAACCAAUCACGACUAGGAGUUUUGGGUCUCUCUUUGGGGCUUUCUGUUUCAAAACUGUCAACUCCGUGUCGUGUCCAAUCAGAGCCAGGCUCCGUCCCUCUCAGCCAGUCAGACGGAGUACGGGACCGGCUCUCACCUUGGGUGUGGCAGGACCGCCACUGGGAAGGCCGGGAGGGGGCGGGACCACAUCUGCGGGCGGAGUUACCCUCCUCUGACCUGGCGGAGGUGGAGCCUGACUGUGACUCCUCCUCUCUGGACACAGAAGCCUCCUCCUCCAUGUCAGUACCGGAGGACUCUGACGCUGCCACUCCCUCCUCCCUCACCUCAGGGUACGAGAGUGCCACGCCCACUAGCGCCUCUGCCUCCUCCCUCACCUCAGGGUACGAGAGUGCCACGCCCACUACCGCCUCUGCCUCCUCCCUCACCUCAGGGUAUGAGAGUGCCACGCCCACUAGCGCCUCUGCCUCCUCCCUCACCUCAGGGUACAAGAGUGCCACGCCCACUACCGCCUCUGCCUCCUCCCUCACCUCAGGGUACGAGAGUGCCACGCCCACUACCGCCUCUGCCUCCUCCCUCACCUCAGGGUAUGAGAGUGCCACGCCCACUACCGCCUCUGCCUCCUCCCUCACCUCAGGGUAUGAGGGUGCCACGCCCACUACCGCCUCUGCCUGGAAUGACUGCGUUCCAGACCAGGACCAGGGCUGGGACCAACUGGUCAAGAAGUACGAAGGUGUCCUUCAAGAUUGCCUGCACAACAACCGUACUAAUACUAAGAUUGAGUCCAUGAUGGGGAAGCUGCAGAGACUAAAGCAGAAGGCUAUCCUGGAGGAUGAGUAUGACUCAGCUGAGCGCUUUGGUAAGAAGCUGGAGGAGCUGUGUAGAGAGAGGAGCUCACUGAGGCUGGGUCUCCCCUCCAGACAGCCCAGUGUGGCUCUGUUCCUCCAGAGACUCAGAGAGGCAGUACACAGCGCCCUCGCCAGGAUGGAGGACCAUAGGGAAGAGGAGGAGAGGGAUGGAGGGGAAGUGGCUGAAGCCGUCCAGGGUCCACUGCAAAGGAGAGAGUGUUUGCUGCAGGAGAAACGCAUGGUGGAGGCGGAGAUGGCAGAGCUGCAGUGGAGGCUCGGAGAGCUGCAGUCUCGGAGUUGCAGCCUGGAACAGCAGAUCCAGCAGGAAGAGGAGGAGCUACAGACUGAGGAGGUUGAAGGACCCGCCCUGCGCAGCUGUAGCCACAUCCAGCUCAGAGACAUGGGCAAUGCCCUCAAUGACCUGGUAACAUCACAGAGCAGGACCAGGAUUUGUGUCUCUCCCCCUGAAGCCAUACUCAGACUCCAGGAUCAGGAGCAAUCACUGAGUCUGUCCAUUAAAGAUGCUACGGCUAAAGUAGUGAUGAGUCAGAGGUUGGGAGGAAGUCUGAGAAGGAAAGUCAGUGAGACAGAGACUCAACUCCUGGCUCUCCACGAAGCCAAGCUAGCCGCCAUCUCAGGUAAUGCCUUCAGCAGUGCUAAGGAGCUGAAGGCAGAGAUGAGAGCUGUCUACGGAGAAAGAGACAGGCUGGAGCUGCUAGUGAAGAGACUCCACAGCCUGAGUUUUGGUAACAGCCAGGAUCUGGCCAAGAUGAAGACCCAACAACAACAGCUGAAACUGGAGCUGGAGGCCAGACAGGCCCAGCAUGAACUGACUCUGAAAGAGAAUGUUGUCAAGUACAUCGAGUUACUGGAAGACAGACUGCACAGUUGUGGCUGUCCCCCUCUGCAGCAUAUCUGGGAGGCUGAUCUAGAAGCCUGUCACCUCCUCCUCCGAGGCAUCCAGCUGCGUGGUGCAGACCCUGCCACAGUGGUACUACCCAACCCCCAACCAGCCACUAAACAAGAAGCAGAUCUGCAGGAAUGUGCCAUGUUGACGGCUCUGGGGGGGCGCUGGUGCCCCGAGGCCAACCUACAGAACUCAGAGUUCACCAAGAAAUUGGAAGAGUUUUUAUUCUGCAUGGAGGAUGUUCACCCAGAGGAGGACAGUGGCAGUGAAGCAGCAGGGCUAACAGCAGACCUGACUAUAGAGCUGACCGACCAGUGUGAGGAGAUCAGUGAUAGGCUGUUGAUUCUGGAGGAUGACCUCCAGACAGCCAUACAGAACAAAGACCAAGAUCUCACACAGUCCCUGGAGCAGGAGGUGAGGGAGGUGAAGGCUACUCUACACACCAUGCUGACACAGCUUAAUGAUGAGGAGGCGGAGGAGGAGAAAGAUAAUGAGAUCAUGGAGGAGGAGGAGGAAGACCAGUAUUUCAGUGACAGCUGGGAGAUUUGAUACGGGGGUCUCGGGGUUCUCCUGUGUUUUAUGACCACUCCAUCCCAGAGAGACCCUUUCUGGUGGCUGUCCUCUGACAAACCGCUGACCUCUAACCCAUGAACCUGCAAGACUCUGUGAGAGGUUGACAUCAGCAAUCAUAUUAAUUUACUCUAGCUCCAUCUCCUGUACAAUUAGACUCUGUUGUGUUGCUGGACAAUUCCAGAGAGAUUGGACUAUAAACCACUAUCAGUUUUUAUAUAUUAUGGGAAGACACUUUGAUACAAAUCUAGUCAUUUCUAAAUAUGUUUAAGAUAGCAGUUAUGUCCAAGUUUGAUUUGGGAGAAAAACAUUGGAUUUUUUUACAUAUAAAAUAUCUUCUAAAUAUUUUGGACUGUUCUAGUUAGUUAAACCAGGCUGAAACACAGCAGUGCCUUAGGCAGAUAACAGACUUAACUAAAUGUUGUUACUGCUAGAAGACAUGGAUACGCUGGUUUCCUCUCAACAUUUUAUCGGAAUCAGAACAGACUGAACAGCUUUUAAUAGUAAUAAUGUUGAUGUAUAUGGGGUCACUCCAAUACGACCUCAGCUCCAGCUGUAAUAUGUGACAGUAGCGAAGAACAAAAUGGACCAUCAGCAGAGAAGGACCAAAUUAACCAAUAGGAGAGAAGAACCAAAUGGAGAGAUGGACCAACAAGAGAGAUGGACCAACAGGAGAGAUGGACCAACAGGAGAGAUGGACCAACAAGAGAGAUGGACCAACAAGAGAGAUGGACCAACAGGAGAGAUGGACCAACAGGAGAGAUGGACCAACAGGAGAGAUGGACCAACAGGAGAGAUGGACCAACAAGAGAGAUGGACCAACAAGAGAGAUGGACCAACAGGAGAGAUGGACCAAAAGGAGAGAAGGACCAAAUGGACCAACAGGAGAGAUGGACCAAAUGGACCAACAGGAGAGAUGGACCAAAUGGACCAACAGGAGAGAAGGACCAAAUGGACCAACAGGAGAGAAGGACCAACUGGAGAGAAGGACCAAAUUAACCAACAGGAGAAUCCCACAGUGUUUCUGUGUUUUCUGUUUUCUGCAACAGUCUUCUAAAAUAUGCUAAAUGCUAACCACAGUAUUGUGUGUGGGAUUCUAAAUGCUAACCACAGUAUUGUGUGUGGGAUUCUAAAUGAUAACCACAGUAGUGUGUGUGAUGCUAAAUGCUAACCAAAGUAGUGUGUGUGUGAUGCUAACCACAGUAGUGUGUGUGAUGCUAAAUGCUAACCAAAGUAGUGUGUGUGUGAUGCUAAAUGCUAACCAAAGUAGUGUGUGUGUGAUGCUAAUUGUUUAUAUACUCAUUAUGAUUGCCUUGUAGUUUUUUUGGGUAAUUUUUCUUUUCAUUUUUACUCCCUUUUUAUUCCCCAAUGUCAUUAUUAUAAUCUUGUCUUAUCGCUGCUACUCCCCAACGGGCUCGGGAGAGGUGAAAGUCAAGUCAUGCGUCCUCCGAAACAUGACCCGCCAAGCCACGCUUCUUAACACCCGCUCGCUUAACCUGGAAACCAGCUGCACCAAUGUGUCGUAGGGAACACAGUUCAACUGAAGUCAGCCUACUGGCAUCUGGCCCUCCACAAGGAGUCACUAGAGUGCAAUGAGAAAAGUAAAGCCCCCCCGGCCAAACAUUUCCCUAACCUGUGCGACGCUGGGCCAAUUGUGCGCCGCCCUAUGGGACUAUGGGAUCGAACCCCAGGCUGUAGUGACACUGCAACACUGUGAUGCAGUAUCUUAGACCGCUGCGCCACUCGGGAGGCCAGAAUUUAGUGUUUUAGUCGAUGAUAUGACUUCUUCAGUGUAGUGCCACAGAAGAGAGGUGAAGCUAAAUUGAUACUUUGUCGAUGUCUUCAGUUGAGGAACUGGGGAUAUCAUUGACUAGUUCAAUGGCGACCAUUACGAAUGUACCCAUAGGACCAAGUAAAAUAUCUUCUGUUUUUUUUUACCUUUAUUUUACUAGGCAAGUCAGUUAAGAACAAAUUCUUAUUUUCAAUGACGGCCUGUUCAGGGGCAGAACGACAGAUUUUGUACCUUGUCAGCUCGGGGAUUUGAACUUGCAACCUUUCAGUUACUAGUCCAAUGCUCUAACCACUAGGCUACCCUGCCACCCUGUGAUUUGUUGAUUCAACGCAACUGACAUUUCAAUUGCAUGAGCCACAUCAGGUAACAUAAUUUGAAUUAACAUUCUACAUUACCAUGGAAAUGAUUGCAUCACAAUAGCAGGCAGCCAUGAGUUUCCCAGUCAAAUUGGUUCCAAGCCCUUAUCAUUCUGUUUCUAUGGUAGGAUCUCUAUCUCUACUGUUUAGGAUGAAGGGUUGGAGGAACAACCCACACUAUAAAAUGUUGAUGAGCACAGAAAAGUUUUUAGUAACUGCUGUUUGUCCACAUUUUGUCUUUAAAAAAGCACUUUGUUGUUUAUUUGUUAUAUUUGUUGCUUUUGACAGGAAAUGUGUUGCUUUUGACUGGAAAUGUGUUGCUUUUGACAGGAAAUGUGUUGCUUUUGACAGGAAAUGUGUUGCUUUUGUUUAAUGAAGGAUUGUUCAGACAUGUUUAUUUCACUGGGUACCACUUUGUGUGACUCUCGGUAUUUAACCAUAAAGUCUUUGUCUGCGUCCAAAGUGGCAAUAUGCCAUAUA